CCGACUGGAAACAGUUUGUCCUCUGGCGGAAACGAGCUGGCCAUCUUGCCACUAUUUCUGAACGUGAAUCAAAGCAUUGCCUGUACCCUGAGUGGACUGUCUGUCAAAAAUGAGCUACAGUGACUACUGGCUGACGGACUACGACCCGUCCUCCUCGGCUCCGCCCAGCUUCGCCAGGGGUCCCACAGUACUGGAGCCCAUAGCGGGACAUCCUGAGCAGGCUGCGGCCCUUUGUUUUGUGGGCCUGCUCCUGCUUCUGCUGCUCUUCUUGCUGGUCCGCUGCGUGCGGAUCCUGUUGGACCCCUACAGCAGCAUGCCAGCGGCAUCGUGGACCGACCACAAGGAGGGUCUGGACAGAGGGCGUUUUGAUUAUGCGGUGGUGUAAUGAGAUUAAGUAUGGGCCAAUUGCCGGUUUUACCGUGGUUUUAAAAAGUCAAGGUUUCAA